AUGGAGAAUCUGAAAAAUAUUUGGAAACCAGAAUUAUAUCGUAUUCAAUUAGAAGCACCAACGCCUAAACGUCUAAUUUGUGAAAAUUGUCCAGACCGUCCAGAAUUUUAUGGUAAAGAGUAUCAUGGUAUUAUGGGUCAUAAAGAGGCAUCGCUUUUACUCGAGAAUGAGUCCAACGGAGCAUUCUUAAUUAGAAAAGGCAAUCAGCACAAUGACUUUUUUACUUUGACAUGGAGAUUUAAUGAUAAAAUACAUCACUACAAGCUUUACUAUGAUGGCACACAUUACAUUAAAGAUAAAAGAUAUGACACAAUAUAUGACCUGGUAGCCGAUGGCUUGAUCACAUGUCAUAUGGAAAUUAAGGCUCAUCAUAUCCUUGAAAUGAUAAAUUCUAGAACAAGUUAUACUGAUAGUCCUUAUGUCACACUUAAUAGACGUAAGAUGAAUACAUUAUCACAGAUGCAUAAGGCAUCAAACAGAUCAAGUCCGAUCAUUAAUAGAUUAGAAACAACACAGUCAGAUGUAACUGUGAAAAAGAUGAACUAUGAUCUGACACCAACUAUAGAGGAUAUUCCAUUAUUGUACAAAUACUCAAAGGCGCACACAUUCAAAGUUCAUACAUUUAAAGGUCUUAAUUGGUGUGAACUGUGUGCUAAUUUCCUAUGGGGAUUUACUGCACAGGGUGUGAAAUGUGAAGAUUGUGGCUUCAUAGCACACUCAAAAUGUUCUGAGAGAGUUCCCAACCAUUGUCUGCCGGAUUUGAAGAAACUCCGUGGUGUAUUCGGGAUUGAUUUGACUACAUUAUUGAAUGCCCACUCCAGUACAUUACCAUUUGUUGUUAAGAAGUGUGUGAAUGAAAUAGAAGCUCGGGGCAUGGAUUCUGAGGGUAUUUACCGUGUGUCCGGAUUCGCUGAUGAAAUUGAAGCAUUGAAAAUGGCCUUCGAUAAGGAUGGUGAAGCUACAGAUUUAAGUGUUUACAGUAAUAUAAAUGUGAUUGCGGGUACUCUCAAAUUAUAUCUGCGGUUACUUCCUGUGCCACUAAUUACGUACGAGGUGCAUCCUAAACUCGUAAGUGCCAUACAAAUGAAGACAACGAGUGUUCAAGUAACAAUGCUACGUGAGUGCUUGGACCUGCUGCCGCCGGCGCACUUCAACUGCUUGCAGUAUAUGGUGCAACAUUUACAUCGCGUGUCUCAACUGGCGGAGGUGAACAAAAUGAGUGCACACAACUUGAGUACAGUUUUCGCACCAACUUUGGUAGCAACUCCUCAGGCUAUUUCUGAUUUGGCGUCAGAAAUACGAGCUCUGCAGACCCUAAUAGAAUAUUGUCCACAGAUAUACUAUGGAAAUAAGUGAUUUUUUUAAAAUGUAUGCAGGGUGUCAGGGAUUUAUACAAUUGUGUAGUGUACUACUGAGUACCAUAGAUUCCUUGGUCGAAAAUAUGACGAUUUAACCCAGCUUACCACUAUCCAAAGUUGUUGUCAUGUUGUGGUACUCCGUUGUACAUUUCAUCAUCCUGUAUACUUCAAAAUCCAUACACAGCGGCCGUUACACUAUUUUAUAUUUAUAACGGAUAACUAAUUUUAUGGAAACUAUAAAUAAAAUCAUAGUUAAGGUAUUUAUGAGAAGAAAAAAAUUCGGAAAUAUUUUGUAAUUUAAGAGUUUUAGACCUAAAUUGUACGAUUUAAUGCUAACAAUAUUUAGAUUUUGGUUUGGAAUUUUAAUACUAAUAUUUAUAAAUAACACUGAAUUAUUUAUAUAAUAAUGAAUAGACAGCAAUAAUAUCUCAUGUAAUUGUAGUAUACGUUAUAAUUUAAGAUUUAAAGUCUGAAUAAGUAACAUAAGUCGAUGUAUUGAUCAAGGUUUGACAGUUGGCGCCAAUUUUAGUACUAGUGUGUGAAUGUAACAUAAUAAUGUUUUUUAAAGACACACGUCUGUUGUCCCGCGCCGGAUGCACCGCACGCACGGAUUAAACGGAUUUGCUUAGUAAACUUAUAUAAAAACGGCUAUAACUCUCAUGUUUUUAUACGUAGUUCUCGUAUAUAUAUAUAUAAGUUUGUGUUCGAAUGGAUUUGCUUUGUCUUAAUGGGAUGCAAGUGGCGCAAAUGGACUUAGCGCUAUGUAAAAUCAUACAAAUUAAAACUUAAAUUCGUUGAGAGCCGUGCGUUCGAUGCGUCCUGCGCGGGUCAAAGGACAUGUACAAAAGUAUCUUUUAAGCCAGUGAUUCUCAAAGUUGUCCCGAAGGACACUGUGGGCCAUGGAAGACCCCAGUGGGUCUGCGAAGUCUGGUCAAACGACUAGAUUAAAAUACAAAAGUAGCUAUUAGUGAGUAAAAAUAUAUGUACCUAUAAUUUAAUUAUCUAUAUCAAUUAGCAGUAUUGGGCUUCCAUAGAGUUUGUGUGUGAAUUCUGAUAAGUGAAAAGCAAACUAUAUAUCUUGCUCUCGUGUAGAAUUGAUUUACUUUGGAAAUAAUUUAAAGACAUUAGUUUUUGAUUUAAAUGUAUUAAAAAUAUGCGAUAGUUAAGU